AUGGACGUAACAGCUGCACCUGAGACCGGUGCUGCUUCAAAUCCUAAUGAUAUUCUCCUGCCACCUAAUCAAGUGUCAGUUGAUCAGGCACCUUCGCCAAAGGAAGCACUUCAACCGGAGGAUUCGAGAGGAUCUUUCAACAGUAACAAUCAAAACAGGAACAAUCGAGGACAAAAUGGUUCCCAAACUCCAUACAAUGCACAAAAGAAACUGGUUGGACCACCUCCUCUGUUGCCACCUCCAGAUAUUCCAUUGCAAGACAGUCAUCAAGCACCUUCUGGGGCCAACAAUAAUGGCAACUACUCGAAUAACGCUUCUCAAUAUGUGCAACAAAAACAAUCUAAUCAAGCUGGUGUCCCUGCACCUAAUGUAAACAGACAACAGAGUCAAUACAACAAUGGUCCCUCGGCAAAGUCGAAUAAUGUGCCAUCACUGGCUUUAACAAAGAGUAGUUCACCUGUCAAGCCAGUUAACAGCUCAUCGAACGAGAGUUCUGGAGGAAAAUCAACUGUGCAAUCUUCUCGUGUUGAGAAGCAAACCACUUCAGAUACUUCUGGUGACUCAUCUCAGCUUGUGGCAGGCAAAAAGAACGGCAGUGGACUCACUCCAAGUGAAGAUUUUGAUAUGACAAAUGUCAAAGGCAAACCUCCCCCAAGAAAGCCAGUUGACCCUACUUUUAGAGGAUGGAAAGAAGUUGGUGGUUUCGAGGCUGAUGAUACUUUGACCGCAGCUGAUGAAACUGUUGACUUGUUAUCUAGGGGGUCCGUUUUCGAUCAAUACUUACCAGCUGUCGCUUACGGUGAUUGGUAUCACAACACAGCCUUUUUAAUUGUUGGUGGUCUCUUAUCUUGGAUCAUAGGAUGGUUCAGAUUCUCAGUGGCGCCUUUGUUUUUUGUCAUGGUUGUCUUUGCUAUCUUAUACAGAGCUUCAGUUAAGAAGUAUAGAGGUGUGUUGAGAGAACAAGCCCAGAGAGAGUUUUCAGUGAAAACAAUUGAGGACGAUUAUGAGACGAUGGACUGGUGUAACUACUUUUUGGAGAAAUUUUGGUAUUACUUAGAGCCAUCUAUUUCCCAAAUUGUCUGUGAUCAAGCAAACCCUAUUUUGGCUGGAUUGCCAAUUCCAGCAUUUGUCACUUCUGUUUGGCUUGACAGUUUCUCAUUGGGUACCAAGCCACCUAGAAUUGAUUGUGUGAAAACAUUAAUUGGGACCGCACCAGAUGUUGUUGUCAUGGAUUGGGGAUUUUCAUUCACACCCAAUGCCAAUGUCGAUGCCAACAACAAACAAUUGAAAAACAAUGUUAACGAAACGAUUGUUGUAAAGGCCACUGUUUUUGGUGUCACUAUUCCUGUCACCAUUGCCGACGUUUCCUUCAAGGGACUAGCCAGAAUUAGAUUAAGAUUGAUGUCUUCGUUCCCUCAUGUCGAAACUGUGAAUGUGUCGAUGAUAGAACCACCUCAAUUUGAUUUUAAUACGAAGCUUUUGGGAGAAGCGUCAUGGUGGUGGGAAGUUUUGGCUUUCCCUGGUUUGUAUCCAUUGAUUAACGAAAUGGUGAAGAAAUAUGUUGGACCGAUUGUUUUCAAUCCUAUGUCGUUCCAAUUGAAUGUUCAACAGUUGUUGGCUGGUAAUGCUUUGGACUCAGCUAUUGGUGUAUUGACAAUUCGUGUGGAUUCUGCUCGUGGUUUGAAAGGUUUCAAAUAUCUUGGCAAUACGUUGGACCCUUAUUUGACAUUUGGUUUCUUGAACAAAGUGUUGGCUAAAACAAAGGUUAUUGAUGACACCAGUCAGCCAGUAUGGAAUGAAACAUUGUACAUUCCAGUUUCGUCGUUAUCGGAACCAUUGACAAUCUCCGUAAUUGACUACAAUGAUAUCAGAAAGGACAGACAGGUUGGUGCAGUCCAAUUUGAUUUAGAAACAUUAGUUGAUAACCCACAACAAGAUCAUCUUACCGCCGCUUUUUUGAGAAACAACAAGCCUGUGGGUGAACUUCUCUUCGGUAUGACCUAUCAACCGGUUUUGCAAGAGGUCAAGCAAGCUGAUGGAGCUACUACACCUCCACCAGAUUUAAACACUGGUGUUGCUAGAAUUGAAAUCCCAGAAGCCAGGAAUUUGAAAGGGGGAGACAAGGGUGCAUCAACUAGUGUGCAACUUAUCUUUGAUGGUAAAUCGGUUCUUGAAUCAGCUGUCCAGAAGAACAACAAUAACCCUGGUUGGGGCGCAGUCACUGAGCAGAUUGUCUUCAACCGUGCAAAAGCUAGAGCAAAGAUUAUCAUUAAAGACAAAAAUGGCAAACCAGUUGGACAAGUCGUCAAGAGUUUGAAUGAAUUAAUUGACGCGACACAAGUUGAGCAAACGUGGUUCCCAUUGAGUAAAGGUGGUGAAGUUAGAAUCAGCACCAACUGGAAGCCAGUUCAAUUAGAAGGUGCUGGUGGUGCUGGUGGAUACACCCCACCUAUUGGAGUUAUCAGAGUUGGUAUUGAACAUGCAGAAGAUUUACGUAACUUGGAACAUAUUGGAAAGGUUGAUCCUUAUGCAAGGAUCUUGGUCAAUGGAUUUGAGAAGGCGAGAACUGCAGCUGUAGAAUCAUCUUUGGAUCCAACAUGGAAUGAAAUACAUUAUGUUACUGUUUCAUCUGCUAACCAAAGAUUAACCAUUGAAGCGAUGGAUGUUGAAAGUCAUUCUGCUGAUCGUACCCUUGGUUCAUUUGACGUCAAAUUGAAUGAGUUCAUUCAAAAAGAUGAAAGAGGAUUGUAUAUUGAACACGUUGAUAAAAAGCAAAGGACGUCAAAGUUGGUGCUGAAAAAGGGUCCAAAGGGUUCCGUAACCUAUACUUUAUCUUUCUACCCAGCCUUGCCAGUUAUGACAUUACAGGAUUACAGAGACGAGGAAGAAGAAAAGAAAGAAGCUGAAGAGAAAAAGAAGAAGGAGGAAGAGGAAAAGAAAACAAAUAAAAACCCUAGUGGGUUGCAGGAUGCUAAUGAGGAAAAGCAAGCUAGUCCUGAAGAAGAUAUUGAUGAUGACGAAGUCGACGACGAUAAUUUCGGCAAAAAGCUUAGAUUAUCAGUGGAUCAAUUGAUUGAGUACAAGAGUGGUAUUUUGGUAUUUGAGCUCCUUGAAGGUACGGUGUCAAAGAACGACACUUUCUUGCAAGUAUAUUCAGGAAACCAAGGUUAUCCUGAUUAUAUUAGUAGAGAAUUGACAAAGAACAAGUCUAAACUUGAAAUGACCGGGGACACUGUUAUCACCGAGCUUGAAUGGGCUGAAACAUGCUUCAGACUUGUCAAGGAUGAAGAUGAUAACAGGUUAGAUAAGUGUGUUGCUGAAACAAAUAUCCCAACAUUGCAAUUGAUCAAAAAUGGUUUGGGUCAACCUAUGACUGUUGAGUUGUCAGGCAAUGGACACGCAUCAUUUAAAAUGCAAUUCUCUUGGAUUCCAUUGAUUUACGCAUCAGGAGUGCCUCCGCAAGAUUCAAAAGACAAUUCUGGUAUUUUGUAUGUUGAGGUCAAGAAGGCAGUUGGAUUACCAGCUUCUGAUAGGAAUGGUAAAUCUGAUCCAUACAUGAAGGUUUAUCUUAAUACCGAGAAGGAAUCAUUCACGAAAACAAAGACAGUCAAAAAGACUCUUGAUCCAACGUGGAACCACAAAGGUGAAGUCGAAGUGGCUAACAAGUAUGACUCAACUUUACGUUUCGAGUGCUACGAUUGGGAUGCUGUGGAUGCUGACGAUUUCUUGGGUGUUGGAUACGUCGAGUUGGGUUCAUAUGACAUGAAAGACGGCUCAGUUGAAGUGGAAAUUCCAUUAGAAGGAGAAGAUGGAGAACCUGCAGGUAAAGCCUAUGCAGUAUUAUCAUUUGAGCCUAGGUUUGUCUUGAACGUUAAGCCAAAGAGUCAAUCUGCUGUAGGUACAGUAGGAAACGUUGGAAAGGGUGUUGGAAAAGGUGUCGGCAAGGGUGUCGGAGUUGUAGGAAAAGGUGUUGGAAAGGGUAUUGGAGGUGGCUUCAAAGGUUUGAGAAAAGGAUUACAUUUGGGAGGCCACCCGGAGAAGGAAUAG